AUGACACAGGUGAGAGUUCUGCAGGAAAUCAUGACCCUUUCAUCUGCCAACAUCCCUGCACCUCUGAACAGCUCUGAUACCCGCUCGGCAGGCUGCCUCCUCACAGGUAUCCCUGGCCUGGAGCACCUGCACAUCUGGCUCUCCAUCCCCUUCUGUGCCAUGUACAUAGCUGCCCUGGCAGGAAAUGGUGUUCUGAUCUGUGUCAUCUUCUCCCAGCCAAGCCUGCACGAGCCCAUGUACAUAUUCCUCUCCCUCCUAGCUGGUGCUGACGUCCUUCUCUCCACCUCCACCAUGCCGAAGGCUCUGGCUAACUUCUGGUUUGGUUCUGGCCAUAUUUCCUUUGAAGGCUGCCUCACACAGAUGUUCUUCAUCCACUUCCUCUUCGUAGCAGAUUCUGCUGUCUUGCUGGCCAUGGCUUUUGACCGUUAUGUGGCCAUCUGCUCUCCUCUACGAUAUGCCACGAUCCUCACCAGCGCAGUCAUUGGGAAGAUUGUCGUGGCCACGUUGACUCGCAGCUUCAUGAUCAUGUUUCCGUCCAUCUUUCUCCUCAAGCGCCUGCACUACUGCCGAGUUAACGUCAUUGCACACACUUUCUGCGAGCACAUGGGCAUUGCCCGUUUGUCUUGUUCUGACAUCUCCAUCAAUGUCUGGUACGGGCUGGCCGCUGCUCUUCUCUCCACAGGACUGGACAUUAUCCUCAUCACCAUUUCUUACAUCCACAUUCUCCACGCUGUCUUUCGUCUCCCUUCUCAAGACGCCCGUUCCAAGGCCCUAAGCACUUGUGGCUCCCAUGUCUGUGUCAUCCUACUCUUCUACAUCCCUGCCCUCUUCUCCGUCUUUGCCUACAGGUUUGGUGGGAGACACAUCCCGCGUUAUGUCCAUAUUCUGCUGGCCAACCUCUAUGUGGUCAUCCCUCCCAUGCUCAAUCCCAUUAUUUAUGGAGUAAGAACCAAGCAGAUUUUGGAAGGGGCUAAACAGAUGUUCUCAAGUGUUGUUAAAGUGUUUAGAUAA